AUGGACAGGAACUACCCCAGCGCCGGCUUCGGGGACCCGCUCGGCGCCGGGGCGGGAUGGAGUUACGAGAGGUCAGCUAAAGCCAGCUUGGUCUAUGGCAGCUCCCGGACCUCGCACCCCGAGACGGACAUCUUACAUCGCCAGGCCUACGGGGCCCCCCACCCACUGCAAAGCUAUGCCACCAACCACCACCCUGCAGGCCUCUCUGGACUCUUUGACACUGGCCUCCACCACGCAGGCUCCGCAGGGCCCGACGCCUCCGUCAUGAACCUCAUCUCGGCCCUGGAGUCCCGGGGCCCCCAGCCAGGCCCCUCCGCCUCCUCUCUCCUCUCCCAGUUCCGCAGUCCUUCCUGGCAAACAGCCAUGCACACGCCGGGCCCCACGGAGCUCUUCAUCUCGGGCGCCCUGCCGGGUUCCAGCACCUUCCCGUCCUCCUCGGCCCUGUCGGCCUACCAGCACCCGGCUUCCUUCGGCAGCCGCCCCUUCCCGGUGCCCUCGUCCCUCAGCCUCCAGGACCCCCCGUUCAGCCCGCCCGCCAACGGGCUCCUGUCCCCCCACGACGUGCUGCACCUGAAGCCCUCGCAGGCGCCCACGGUGCCCUCCUCGCUAGGCUUUGAGCGCCUGGCGGGGGGCGGUGUCUUGGGGCCCGCCGGUCUCGGCCCGGCCCAGACCCCCCCUUACCGCCCCGGCCCCCCAGACCCGCCGCCCCCUCCCCGGCACCUCCCGACCCAGUUCAACCUGCUGGCUUCCUCCUCGGCCGCCGCGGCCGCCGCCGCCGAGCAGUCCUCCCCGCAGCUCUACAACUUCCCGGGCGCCGCCCCCGGGCCCCCCGAGCGGGCCCUGCCCCGCCAGGACACGGUCAUCAAGCACUACCAGCGGCCGGCCAGCGCCCAGCCCCCGCCGCCCCCGCCGUCCGCCCAUGCCCUCCAGCAUUACCUGAGCUGCGGUGGCAGCUACCCCUCCAUGGGCCACCGGGCCAACCUGGCCUGCAGCCCCCUGGGCGGCGGGGAGCCCUCCCCGGGCGCCGGGGAGCCCAGCAAGGCCGGGCCCAGCGGGGCCGGGGCCGGGGCGUCCGGCAGGGCCGCGGGCCCCGAGGCGGCCGGAGGAGGGGGGGCGGGGGGCGGCGGUGGAGGCUACCGCCCCAUCAUCCAGUCCCCCGGUUAUAAGACGGGCAAAGGCGGCUACGGGGCAGCCGCGGGCGCCGCCAGCAGGCCCCCGCCGCCUCGCUCGACGGCCACCCCCAAGUGCCAGAGCCUGGGGGGCCCGGCCUAUGCCACCGGCAAGUCCUCUGGGGCUGGUGGGGCGGGAGGCCAGGCCUAUUCCCCCGGCCAGCCCCAGGGGCUUCUCGGACCCCAGGCCUACGGGCAAGGGUUUGGAGGGGGUCAAGCCCAGGACUUGAGCAAAGGCCCCAGCUAUUCGGGGGGCCCCCCUCAGCCCCCGAGCGGCCCCCAGCCUCCUGGCCUGGCCACGUGUCAGAGCUACUCCCCCGACCAGCUGCAGGGGCAGCUGUACGGGGUGCAGGGGGAGCCGUAUCCCGGCCCGGCCGCCCACUCCCAGGGGCUGCCCACCGCCAGCCCCUCCCUCAGCUACAGCACCGGCCACUCCCCGGCGCUGUCGGGCCACGGCGGCGGCUGGGGCCCCGGCUCCCUGGGCGGCGGCGGCGAGGCCAGCCCGUCGCACAUCAUCCGGCCGCUGCAGUCGCCGCCGGCCUCCUCCGGGCGCCCGCCGGGGGUCGGCUCUCCGGGGGCCCCCGGCAAGUACCUGAGCUCCGUCCUGGCCUCGGCCUCGUUCCUGGCGCCCCCGGGAGCCGGCAGCUACGCGGCGGCCGGGGCGGGCGGCUACAAAGGCAAAGGGGACGGCUCCGAGCUGCUGGCAGGCCCCGGGGGCCCGCCCGCCGAGCGCUCCGAGGACGAGGAGUUCCUCAUCCAGCACCUCCUGCAGGCGCCCAGCCCCCCAAGGACCUCAGGGGCCGACGGCCUGGUGGGCGAAGACGGGGCGGCCGACGCCUCCAAAGGACUCGGGGGCAGUGGUGGGGCCGGGGGCCCCCCGGGCGCGCCCUACGAGCUGGCCAAGGAAGACCCGCAGAGGUACCACCUGCAGAGCGUCAUACGCACCAGCGCCAGCCUGGACGAGGGCGCCACAGCAGCGGCCCUGGAGCUGGGCCUGGGGAGGCUGAAGGAGAAGAAGAAGGGGCCCGAGCGGGGCGGGGAGGCCCCCGAGGGGCUGGCCACCUCGGUCGUCCACUACGGCGCCGGCGCCAAGGAGCUGGGGGCCUUUCUCCAGAAGAGCCCGCCGCCCCCGCCCCCGUCGGCCCAGCCCGGCCCGCCCACACCGCACGGCCUCCUCCUGGAGGCCGGAGGCCCCGACCUCCCCCUGGUGCUGCCGCCGCCUCCCCCGCAACUGCUCCCCUCCGUCCUCAGCCACACCCCCAGCCCGUCCUCCAGCACCCCCAAAGUGGGAGUCCACCUCCUCGAACCGGCCGCCCGGGACGGGGCGCCCCAGCCGCCCCCGCCGCCGCCCCCGCCGCCGCCGCCCAUGCCUCUGCAGCUCGAGGCUCAUCUGCGCAGCCACGGGCUGGAGCCCGGCGCGCCCAGCCCCCGCCUGCGGCCGGAGGAGGGCCUGGAGCCGCCGGGGACCAUGCAGGAGCUGCUCGGGGCCCUGGAGCCGUUGCCCCCGGGGCCCGGGGACGCGGGCGUGGGCCCGCCCAGCGGCGAGGGCAAGGACCCGGCGGGCGCCUACCGCAGCCCCAGCCCACAGGGCCCCAAGGCCCCCCGCUUCGUGCCGCUCACCUCCAUCUGCUUCCCCGACUCGCUGCUCCAGGACGAGGAGCGCAGCUUCUUCCCCACCAUGGAGGAGAUGUUCGGCGGGGGCGCCGCCGACGACUACGGCAAGGCCGGGCCCCCCGAGGACGAGGGGGACCCCAAGGCGGGCGCCGGGCCCCCGCCGGGCCCCCCGGCCUACGACCCGUACGGGCCCUACUGCCCCGGACGGGCGUCCGGAGCCGGGCCCGAGGCGCCGGGCCUGGGCCUGGACCACGGCAAGCCGCCCGAGCUGCCGUCCACGGUCAACGCCGAGCCGCUGGGCCUGAUCCAGAGCGGCCCCCACCAAGGGGCGCCGCCCCCGCCGCCCCCGCCGCCGCCGCCGCCCGCCGAGCCCAAGGGCGGCCUGACCUCGCCCAUCUUCUGCUCCACGAAGCCAAAGAAGCUGCUCAAGACGUCGUCCUUCCACCUGCUGCGGCGGCGAGACCCGCCCUUCCAGACGCCCAAGAAGCUGUACGCCCAGGAGUACGAGUUCGAGGCUGACGAGGACAAGGCGGACGUGCCCGCCGACAUCCGCCUCAACCCCCGGCGGCUGCCCGACCUGGUGUCCAGCUGCCGCUCCCGCCCGGCCCUGUCGCCGCUGGGGGACAUCGACUUCUGCCCGCCCAACCCCGGCCCCGACGGCCCCCGGCGCCGCGGCCGCAGGCCCACCAAGGCCAAGCGCGACGGCCCGCCCCGGCCCCGCGGGAGGCCCCGCAUCCGCCCGCUGGAGGCGCCCGCACCCCCGGGGCCGGCCCUGUCCUCCGCGCCCGCUGACGGGGGCGCCAAGAAGCCCCGGGGCCGGGGCCGCGGCCGGGGCAGGAAGGCCGAGGAAGCCGGGCCCCCCCGGCUGGAGCCGCUGAAGCCGCUGAAGAUCAAGCUGUCCGUGCCCAAGGCUGGCGAGGGUCUGGGGGCCCCCUCGGGGGACGCCCUGCCGGGCGCCGACCACAACAGCCUGGACUCGAGCCUGACGCGGGAGAAGAUCGAGGCCAAGAUUAAGGAGGUGGAGGAGAAGCAGCCGGAGAUGAAGUCUGGCUUCAUGGCCUCCUUCCUGGACUUUCUCAAGUCGGGCAAGCGCCACCCGCCGCUUUACCAGGCGAGCAUGACGCCGCCGCUCAGCCCCCCGAAGGGCGGGCCGCCCCCCGGGCCCCGGGGCCUGCAGCCGCCGCCCCCCGCCGGCCCCGGCGUGCCGCACCCGCCCGCGGGCGCCUUCGGGCUGGGGGGCGCCCUGGAGGCGGCCGAGAGCGAGGGGCUGGGGCUGGGCUGCCCCUCGCCCUGCAAGCGGCUGGACGAGGAGCUGAAGCGCAACCUGGAGACGCUGCCCUCCUUCUCCUCCGACGAGGAGGACUCGGUGGCCAAGAACCGCGACCUGCAGGAGAGCAUCUCCUCGGCCAUCUCCGCCCUCGAUGACCCGCCCCUCGUGGGGCCCAAGGACUCCUCCCCUCCGGACGGGCCCCCCUUGGCGACGGAGGCUCCGGUCCCGGGGCCGCCCCCUCUCCCCGGGCUCCCCUGUGCCAGCAGCAACGGCACGCCUGCUCCUCCGGCUCCGGCUCCAUCACCGGCUCCAACACCGGCUCAGGCUCCCGCUCCGGCUCCGGCGCCUCUGGCUCCCGCUCCCGCCGCGGCGCCGGCGCCCAGCUCGCCGCCCCCGCCCCCGCCCCCGCCCGCCCCGCCCUCGCCCCCCGCCCCGCCGGCCCCGGCCGCCGCCCCGCCCGAGGCGCCCGCGCCGUCGCCGGAGGAGCCGGAGCCGGGCGCGCGGCCGCUGCACCUGGCGCGGAAGCAGGAGGGCGCGGCGCUGUGCGGGGACACGGACGAGGAGGCGGGCGAGAGCGGCGGCGAGGGCAUCUUCCGCGAGCGCGACGAGUUCGUCAUCCGCGCCGAGGACAUCCCCUCCCUCAAGCUGGCCCUGCAGACGGGCCGAGAGCCGCCGCCCAUCUGGCGUGUGCAGAAGGCGCUGCUGCAGAAGUUCACGCCGGAGAUCAAGGACGGGCAGCGGCAGUUCUGCGCCACCAGCAACUAUCUGGGAUAUUUCGGGGACGCCAAAAACCGGUACCAGCGCCUCUACGUGAAGUUCCUGGAGAACGUCAACAAGAAGGACUACGUGCGGGUCUGCGCGCGGAAGCCCUGGCACCGGCCCCCGGCGCCCGUCAGGCGCUCGGGGCAGGCCAAGGGCCCGGCCUCCGCGGGGGGCAGCUCGGCCCCCGCCCCCAAGGCCCCGGGGCCGCCUCCUAAGCCCGAGACCCCCGACAAGACGGCAUCCGAGCAGCCCCCGGAGCAGCCCCCCGCGACGGCGGCGCCCGAGCCCCCGGCCCCGGAGAAGGCGUCCCCGCCUCCGCCUGCAGGGAAGGAACAGGAGGAGCAGGAGCAGGAGCAGGAGAAGCAGAAGGAGCAGGAGCAGGAGCAGGAGCAGGAGCAGGAGAAGGAGAAGGAGCGGGGGGCCCGUGGGGACCGGCUGCUGCGCGGGGAGCGGGGCCCGGGCGGCCGGCAGGCGCGGCCGGAGCGGAGCCUCGGGGGGCAGCCCGCCGCCCGGCUGCCCAAGGCCCGGCCGGCCAAGGCGAAGGCCGAGCCGCCCCCCAAGAAGAGGAAGAGGUGGCUGAAGGAGGCGGCGGGCAGCGCCGCGGCCGGCGGGGGCCCGGCCGGCAGCUCCUCGGACUCGGAGUCGUCCCCCGGGGCGCCCAGCGAGGACGAGCGGGCGGUGCCCGGGCGGCUGCUGAAGACGCGGGCCAUGCGGGAAAUGUACCGCAGCUACGUGGAGAUGCUGGUGAGCACCGCGCUGGACCCGGACAUGAUCCAGGCCCUGGAGGACACGCACGACGAGCUGUACCUCCCGCCCAUGCGCAAGAUCGACGGCCUCCUGAACGAGCACAAGAAGAAGGUCCUGAAGCGGCUGUCGCUGAGCCCGGCCCUGCAGGACGCCCUGCACACGUUCCCGCAGCUGCAGGUGGAGCAGAGCGCGGAGGGCUCCCCCGAGGACGGGGCGGUGCGGCUGCGGCCGGCCGGGGAGCCCUACAACCGCAAGACGCUCAGCAAGCUCAAGCGGAGCGCGGUCCGCGCCCAGGAGUUCAAGGUGGAGCUGGACAAGUCGGGAUACUACACGCUCUACCACUCCCUCCACCAUUACAAGUACCACACCUUCCUGCGCUGCCGGGACCAGACCCUGGCCAUCGAGGGCGGCGCCGAGGACCUGGGCCAGGAGGAGGUGGUCCAGCAGUGCAUGCGGAACCAGCCGUGGCUGGAGCAGCUGUUCGACUCCUUCAGCGACCUGCUGGCCCAGGCCCAGGCCCACAGCCGCUGCGGGUGA